UCCAUGAUCACGGUGGUGGUGACAUCUCAGCGGAGGUAUGCAGUGGACAGACAACUUCGCAGCUAUCACUUAUUUCAAAUCAGCUGCAACAAGAUGGUAGCAGGAUACAAAAAAUUAGCCGUUCAUUCAAGGAGUAAAAGCCCCAAGAUUGUGGAGAACUGUUGCGGCUUUGGAACGAGUGUCAAAAUGGAUGGAGUCCUUUGUUGGAUCUUCAAGCCUUCAGAAAUAGACAGGAUUCAGCCGUUCUUCCGAAGAGUGAAGCCCCAAGAUUGUGGAGAACUGUUGCGGCUUUGGAACGAGUGUCAAAAUGGAUGGAGUCCUUUGUUGGAUCUUCAAGCCUUCAGAAAUAGACAGGAUUCAGCCGUUCUUCCAAAGAGUGAAGCCCCAAGAUUGUGGAGAACUGUUGCGGCUUUGGAACGAGUGUCAAAAUGGAUGGAGUCCUUUGUUGGAUCUUCAAGCCUUCAGAAAUAGACAGGAUUCAGCCGUUCUUCCAAAGAGUGAAGCCCCAAGAUUGUGGAGAACUGUUGCGGCUUUGGAACGAGUGUCAAAAUGGAUGGAGUCCUUUGUUGGAUCUUCAAGCCUUCAGA